AUGACCCCGGGCUCGCGCCUCGCGCAGCACGCGAGUGCAAGCAAUAUCUAUGCUAACGGUGUUUCCCCCAAGCCGAAUGUACUAACACGCUCGUCACCUUCGUCACCACGCGCGGAGUACAAAUCUCGUGUCGGCCCGAGGGAACCGUAUCCGAUGCCCAGUAGCAAUCCGGCGAGCCAGUACACCCUCCUCGAGAAACUCGGGACGGGGAGUUUCGGUACGGUAUACAAAGGCAUACACAAUGACACGAAACAAAUCGUUGCAAUCAAGCAAAUUGACCUCGAAGACUCCGACGACGACAUAUCCGAAAUCCAGCAGGAAAUCGCCAACCUCGCGCAAUGCGACUCGGAAUACGUCACACGCUACUAUGGCUCGUUCGUCGUCAACUACAAGCUAUGGAUCAUCAUGGAAUACCUCGAAGGAGGGUCCUGCCUCGAUCUUCUAAAGGCUGGCGUAUUUUCGGAGGCUCACAUUGCCGUCAUUUGUCGAGAGCUUCUUCUUGGUCUCGAUUACCUUCAUAGCGAAGGGACGAUCCACCGAGACAUCAAAGCUGCGAAUAUCUUGCUUUCCGCCUCGGGAAAAGUAAAGCUGGCCGACUUCGGUGUCGCUGCGCAGCUGACUAGCACCCUUCGCCACACAUUCGUCGGGACACCUUUCUGGAUGGCGCCUGAAGUAAUCCGACAAGCCGGAUAUGAUGCAAAGGCCGAUAUCUGGAGCUUGGGUAUCACCGCGAUUGAACUGGCCAAAGGAGAGCCACCGUUGGCGGAAUACCAUCCCAUGCGCGUACUCUUUUUGAUCCCGAAGGCGAAAGCCCCGGUUCUUGAGGGUGCAUUCUCGGUGGCGUUUAAGGACUUUGUGGCACAAUGCCUUACGAAGAAUCCCGCCGAACGCGCUACCACGAAGGAAUUGCUACAGCACCGCUUCAUCCGGACCGCACGAAAGACGUCGUAUCUGACCGAGUUGAUUGAACGUUAUCAAGAUUGGCGCGCGCGAGCUCCUGGUCGGGUGCAAAACCAAAUGUAUCAAGCGACUGUCAGGAACAGCGGUGCAUGGGACGGCACUUUACGGAGCGAAUGGAACUUCGACACGAUCAAGUCCGUAUCGGCAAUGGGUACGUUCCGGAGCAUGGCCAAGGACAUGAUGCCUCCGGAAACUAUUCCCGACGAGGACGAGGACGCAGACGACUUUUCUGCAGCAGAAGUUCGAGGUUCUGUGGAGUCUGCAGGUGCAGUAAGAGGCAGCAUGGGGAUCCUCAGCAACAGCGACGCUGCGCACUCCACUGUGAUCAUUCGCUCACCUAUUCCGACUCCGUCGGACGAGAAGGAUAUCCCUACCUUGUUAGCUUCUGGAGAUGUGUCAUCCGUGGAAUCCGCUGGGUUGGAACCAUCAACUCCAGACGAUGGCCAGUCGCCACUGGGUGCGCCACCUGCAUAUAACUCUGGAUCGAUGCGUACACCUCGACGCGCUCGUCAGUCGUUGGAUGGUCGGGGCACCAUCGUACGGGAAGCGGAUCUUGGCACAGGCGUUGAUACCAUCAGGCCUGUAAAGAAGCUCGACAAAGAAGGGUCGUUAAGGUUAUCAGCAGACUAUGUUGGUAGCAUGCGCCUACGAGCGGACAGCCCAACUUCGCCUCCGACCUCCCCGGCCAAGGAUAAAUCAUCAUCCCGACGCAAGCCAAGUGAGGCGGUGAAGGCUGGGAAGGCGAUGGUCGAAGAGGUGGUCGUGCCAGUGCUUCAGAAGGCGACUCAUGAUGAUAUGGACGCCCGUGAAAUUGAAGCAUUGAGUAUGCUAACAAGGGGCUUCGAAGAGUUGAAGGACGCGAACCCUGAGCUUGCGUACAACAUCAUUCUAGACCUGCUCAGCGGGAUCAACGAAAGUUCUGCUGUUCGGCAACACAUACAAACCACACGGAACCUUUUCCCGCACAAACGCGUUAUCCGAAGGAGUGAGCUCACAAGCAAAGGGCUGGUAGUGACAGAGGAAGAGGAGAUCGCUGGUCUUCCGUCAACAUCCGGACGACCUGCGUCACCUACGCCAUCCCCUGGACGUACCGAUGCGGACUCUGGCUCAGCGGGCAAGAAAUCUGCUAUAGCUGAGCUGCUCUAUAUGCGUUGGCUGGAGGGCUUACGGCUCAAGUGGCCGAGCAUCCUGUGA